UCGGAAGGCGCGCUCCAGCAUCGGUUCCGCCAGUUUGGACCUGCAGCGACGACGGCGAGGACGCCGAACCAUAGGACGUCAGGACGUUAGGACUGGAUGAAGGACGAGCGCUCGUCGUGGAACGUCCCGUUUUUUGGUUUCAUCCGGUACCGAACCCCGGAGGCUGCACCCCUUUGGAUCUUUAAGAGGAGGAACCAAAGAAAGACAUUUAAGCAUAUUUUUUAAAAGGCGUGUGUAACCGCUGAGCAGCCAUGACGGCAAACAACUCUGACCUGCCCUGGGACGAGUCUUCGGGCGCGGCGGACCCCUUCUCGGGAGCCGAGCAGCCGGGCAACUCGCCUCGGCAGGACGCCCCGCCGCUGACGGCGUGGGGCGUGGCCCUAUGCGUGUCAGGGACGCUCAUCGCCGCCGAGAACGCCGUGGUGGUGACCACCAUCCUGGCCACGCCGUCGCUACGGGCUCCCGUGUUCCUGCUGCUGGCCAGCCUGGGCUUGGCCGACCUGCUGGCGGGCGUGGCUCUCAUCAUGCACUUCCUCUUCCUGUUCUGCCUGGAGCCCAGCGACUGGUCCGAGCUGGUGACGUCGGGACUGCUGGUGACGUCGCUGACCGCCUCGCUGUGUAGUCUGAUGGGCGUGGCGUUGGACCGCUACCUCUCAUUAAGCCACGCCCUUACGUACGGCUCGGGUCAGUCCCGCCGCCGCGCCGCGCUCCUGUUGCUGCUGGUGUGGCUGGGGGCGUGCUUCAUGGGGGCGGGCCCGGCCAUGGGGUGGCACUGUCUGGACAAGCCCGAUUCCUGCUCGGUGGCGCGACCGCUCACCCGGACGUACCUGUCGCUGCUGUGCGGGGGCUUCCUGGUGGUGGUCCUGGUGACUCUGCAGCUCUACGCCGGAAUCUGCCGCGUAGCCCGGCGCCACGCCCACGCCAUCGCCACCCAAAGGCACUUCCUGCCUUCCAACCAGUCAUAUGCAAGCAAGCACGGCAGCGGGCGGGGCUUCUCCCGGCUGGUGGUGGUGCUGAGCGUCUUUGUGGGCUGCUGGAUGCCGUUCUCGCUGUGGGGGCUCCUGGGCGACGCCUCCAGCCCGCCGCUUUACACCUACGCCACGCUGGCGCCGGCCGCGGGGAGCUCCCUGCUCAACCCGAUCCUCUACAGCCUGAGGAACAAAGACAUUCGCAAGGUGCUGCUUCACGCCUGCUGCCCCCGCAGGCACCGCUCGCACGCCACGCACAUGCACCACCCCGUGGACGUGUAGGCCGCCGUGACAACCGCACCAUGCCAGGCGAUGCCGUUUGUGCCAAGAAAAAGUAGCGCGUCCGCCUCCCCCCUCCCCCUCCCCCGUCCGACUCGGGAGUGUGAAAUCUUUUCAAUACUCCCCCACGCACACGCCGCACUUUUCCAAGACACGAGGUCCUACUUUAUCAUCAGAACGUUCUGGACUGUCCUGGCAGGCGGCCAUCUUGGACUGUCAUGUUUGUGCCUGCAACCAUCAGCCCCCGCUGUAGCGCCACUGGAUCCUGCGGAGUGAGAACAAUCAGGAAGGGGGGGGGGGGCAGCUGCUGAUGAAGAAGUGGAUUAAGUGACAUUCAUGUGGUUUGGAAGCAACCAUGUACUUGAAACAGAACAUUCUGGAGUUACUAUUUUGCACAUGCUCUCCUUCAAGGCACUUUCAAGCGAUUCCGACCGUCCGUUCGCGUUGCACAACCUUUUUCAGAUGACUAAAUAUUUUAUACCGAUGAAUAAUAAAUAUGCUUUUUUUUUUUCCUACUCCAUGAUGUCAGCAUUCUUCCCUCGGCUGCUUUUAGCGGGCUUGCAGUCUUUGCCUGUUGGAGGCCUUCUAAUCCUGAUCUAAAAAAGCCAGUUAGCAUUAACGCUCUGACUGCAAGCCUUGUUAAGGGGGGGGCGUUCUUGGGUGUGAGGACAGAGAUUGUGUAAUAAAUAUAGAAGGUAG